AUGUCUCAAAGUUAUUCUUCACCUCAUUCUCGUGGGCAACGGAAUGUUUGCUUCACUGCUCCCGGUGAGAAUGCACCGAACAACCUCGAUGGCAAAACAGCCUGGGACAUCGGAGAUGUUCUUCAGGGGAUAAUGGAUGUGCGCGCUGCUGGCCCUAUAGAUGUGUCUUCAUAUAACUCUCUACGGCCUGUACCGGGAUUUUCGCCCUCUGGCAUAGAUUUACAAGCACAUGUUGCGGCUACACCGUCGUGGCGCUUUGUUGAUAGCGGUUUUAAUGGCGAUUUGUUAGAACAACAUCCUGGGUUUAAUCUCACCUCCACUCAUCAGCAGCCAUGGAGCCCCGUACGAGUUACUGGAGUUGCUGAAAACGCAAUGCCCCGAAGUAAUCACGAAAGGCAGAGGAGUGGUGUCCAUGGUACAGAUAUAUAUAUGUCCGGCAAUUGUCAAAAUAUACACUCAGAUUUGGUUAGUCAAAUCAAUGGCCCUGCCAUAUCAGACCCCGGUUAUGGUACCGGAAGCCCAGCAACGACGUCCGCUGUCAGCUCCUUUCAAAUUGAACAUAUCGUUCAUCCAUCUAUGACACCUUCGUAUGGAGACCCUCCACACAACUAUCCACUAUUGUACAAUCAACCUACCCUCAGUCAUCAGCAGCAGGAGCAGAGUUGGCAAGGUGGUAGUGAGGUCACAUCAGAAGCAAACGAAACACAGUUUUCCUGCGACGUAGGGGAGUGCGGAUGGACUGGGAAAUGUCAAUCAGAUAAAAAAAAACACAUGCUGCGUCAUCAGAAACGUUUCCGUUGUGAGGAGCAAGGGUGCAGUCGAACGCAAGGCUUCGGGACGAUCAAUGACUUGGAAAGACAUCAGAAAUGCAUUCAUGGAAUAGAGCCCAGGCAUGGAAACCACAAAGAGUUCAAGUGCUUUGCGGAAAAUUGUUCAAAGAGGGAAAAGAUCUGGCCUCGAUAUGACAAUUUCAAACAGCAUCUGAAACGCAUGCAUAAGGACGAAGAUACGGACCACCUUAUCCAGCUCUCGCUACAUUGGUUCGAAUCCAUAAGGCGGACUACUGGGAACACUUUCCGGGAGUAUCAAACGCCCACUAGUUCACAUCCGCAACGAGAAGUUACUGAUCCACAUACCUGUAGGUCUAGAAUUCUUUUUGAUAAAGGCCAAAUCAAUAAUCAUCAGUCCAUCCGCGUUGAGACCGUCGAUAUGGGUAAUGGUGCUCUGGUCCAUGGUUCCAAUUAUCCAUUGCAUAUUCAGUUAAACGCCCAUCAUUUUGUUAAUCAGCCUUUCAACCACUCGAUCAAUUCUGACGCUUCAUCUCAGAAUUGCUCUGGCUCUUUGGGGGAAGGUUGUAUGCCGGAAGGAAACGAUCAAACUGGCCGGGACUAUCCCCCACCCGAGCGAAAUCUUGGUCAGUGUUUUGAACGCAACGGUGGAGAUGAGCAAUUGUCCUCUUUUCUUUUUAGUGGAAUGGGUCAAGGCCAAGAAUUUCUGUCUAGCAAAGACUCUGUCACAGAGGUUGUGAUAGGUUUGUUCAAAGCAUUGGGAGCAGAGAUGUACAUUUCACCUCCAGGACAAUUGCAGAAAGUUGGCACUGACAUAUCAGCUGCUGCUGCUGUCCAUGUUUCACAACGGCAGGCUGACUCUACCCUUCCCUCAUCAAUCGAGCUCCUUAAUGACGGGUCGAUUGAGUCCAGAGCGAAGGUGUUGCGCGAGUUACUCACCACUAGUUUGCAACAGCUAGAGAUCUGGCAAACCCUCCAAGAUGCACCGCCUCGAGAAUUAACUGCUCAGCCUACUCAGAACGACCCCCUGCCAUGCCUCAGAAAAGGUCGUUUUAGAUGUAGAUAUAAAGACUGUACACGAGAGACAGAACGACUCUCUGAGAUGAAGAAACAUGAGAAACGUCACUAUCGGCCGUACGGAUGUACUUACCCCAGGUGCUUCAAAAAAUUCGGUAGCAAAGAUGACUGGAAACGCCACGAGAAUACCCGGCAUUUCCAGAUCCAGUGCUGGCGUUGUCCAGAAAGAGGUCAUCCGGCUAGGGCAAAAGAAAUAAGCAACAAAGACGAGACGUUAAUGGAAAGACCCGACCAUGAAGGUUUUCCCGUGGCUCUCUGUAUGACUAGUUCUCAAUUUGAUUGUGCCCGCAUAUUUGAUCGUGCAUAUAAAUUUUCUCAGCAUCUCCAGUCCGAACAUUCUUACGAUGAGGCAAAAGCUAAAGUGAUCGUGAAAGAGAAUAAAAUCGGACGGAAUGGACAGUUUAAGUUCUGGUGCGGGUUUUGUCGCAAGCUCAUCUCAUUGCACAGCGAGGGUUUGGAUGCUUGGGAUGAGCGGUUUCAUCAUAUUGACAACAAGCAUUUCAAGAUGAGAGAAGAGAUUGCUACUUGGCUUCAUCCAGAGGGCCAUCUUACCAAACAAGAUGAAGAGAAGGAAAAUACAACCGGUGACGCAUCAGAUGACAGCGAAGAACCGGAGAGAUAUGGAGGCGAGGGAACGAACAGCCGAAGCUGCGAUGGCGGAGGAGAACCACCAGAAAAGGCUCCGGGACCUUCCGCUCCUACUAAGACAACCCAUAUGAAUGUGAGCGCAUCGAUUCAGCGACCUUCCACGAAUUCCAACCUUAGGCACCCUCGCCGUUCUCGGGCUGCAGUGAAUCAGAUUCCAACUCGGACGACAGACGCAUCAAGUGUCGCUCUACCCACUAAACGGAAAUACGAUUCCGGUACAUCGGGAUCGUUUUUGAAUGCUAGUAUGCUCACUCAACCCUCUUCGAGCUCUGACCCGUCGGCGAUGAUCUUCAAUUCGCAACAAACGGUACCAGCGGCCACUGGACCCCGAAGAACCAAUCUAAACAACCUCGGUUUACUUGCGCAGAAUAACUACAGAUUCAAUUUAAAUGGACUCAUUCCUAUUGAAAACAAGUUUCCAGAAUCGACGAUUAUUACAUGUGUAAGCCCAGUCUACCGUUUCACCUGCAAGCGUUAG